AUGGCCAUGGACGCGCCUCAACCAGUGAGCGGUCUGAACCCUCUCGCUCCGCAACUCGUGCCCGCAGCUGCAGCCUCCCGGUCCAAGCUCAACCCGCUCGCUGCGGAGUUCGUCCCGCGGUGGCUCCGCCAGGACGGGCGGAGCUCUACUGCGGUAGCGCCAGUGUCCGCCGUCACGCCGGCUCCUGUGGUCGUCUCCGACGUGGGGAAGAAUAAUGCAGACCCUACGACGAGGCCCAGGCGGCCAAGAAGAGCUACUGAGAAAGAUUUGGUUGAUCUCUUCCGGCAUUGUGGAGCUGUUGUGCAUUGUCGGCUUUGCAGGAAACCUAGAUCUGGUUUUCACUUCGCAUUUAUAGAAUUUCAACACCAUGAUGAUGCAUCUGCUGCAUUGCAUCUCAAGGGGCUCACUAUUCGUAACCGCCCUUUGAAGUUAGAACCUUCCAGGACUGCGAUCAUGGAGCCUGUCAACCAAUCAUACCUUUCCCAGGAGAUGUCUUCUAGGACAGUCUACUGCACAAAAAUUGAAAAGAGGGUCACCUGCGCUGAGCUAGUUGACUUCUUCAAGGCGAAUUUUGGAUCGGUUUCUCGUGUAAGGCUUCUUGGUGAUGACAACCAUCAUGUCACCGGCGUAGCUUUUGUUGAGUUUGCAGAGUUUGUUGAUAUUGUUUCUGUACCUGCUUUGGCUUAA